AUGUUAUUUUUUUUAAUACUAAUAUAUGUUAUAAAUUCGGAAAGAUCAAGUGGUUUAUACAUAGACAAUGGACUUAAUCAAACAAUGUUACAUCAAGUGGCCAAUUGGAGACAGAGACGAGAUAUCGAGCAUAAAUUGUUAAAUAUUUUUGAAUUACCUACGAGACCGAAGAGAAUUACACGAAGAGCUUUAUUAAUAAAAAGAUCGGCGCCUAAAUUUUUAUUGAAUAUUUAUAGAAACGUUUUUCCCAAUGAAAACGAAUCGAUUCGGGACCAAAAUGAAAACACGGAAGAAUUCAAUUUAAGUGAUUAUGAUAUCAAUAUUAUCGAUCAAAGCGAUUUAAUUAUGACUUUUGGUGCCCACAAUCCACAUUCAGGCAAUGCAUCGAAAACUAAUCGUGGAAAAAGAAUCUGGUUCGACGUGUCGGAAAUUCCGCGAGGGAAACAUAUCAUUGCAGCUGAACUACGUUUGUAUCAAAGUUUGAAUAAAAAUGUUGAAUCCAAUAAAACUUACACAGUAGCAUUAUACAGAGUAGCACGAAUACAAAAUGGUAGGCGAAUUAAACAUUACAUAAAUUCAGCUAAUACUACGAUAGAUAAGGAAGGCUGGAUAACAUUAAAUGUUAGUACAGCCCUAAAUUUUUGGGUCAAGUACCCGAAAGAGAAUCGUGGUUUAUUUUUAGUAAUACAUCAUGCUGAUUAUACAGGACACAUUAUGAGACCAGAUGAUAUAGGCAUUGUAGGUGUUUUGGGAAUUCCAGACAAACAACCAUUCAUGGUUAGCUUUUUUAAAAAUUCUGGCAAACGUAAGAAACGUGAAAUAACUUCCAGACAAAGAAACCAUGAUUUUAGUAGUAUAAACGUCCAGAACAAUCCUUAUAUUGAUCUUAUUGGUCAAAAGAAAAGAAAUGCAUGUACCAUUAAAACUUUGUAUGUAAAUUUUAAAGAUCUUCAAUGGCAAGAUUGGAUCAUAGUACCAGAAGGGUACAAUGCUUAUUACUGCAGUGGAGAAUGCAAUUUUCCACUAAACAUUCACAUGAAUGCAACUAAUCAUGCUAUUGUACAAACUUUAGUACAUCUCAAAAAACCAAAUGAAAUACCAAAACCUUGUUGUGCACCUACAAAACUAUCACCAAUAUCUGUACUUUAUUUUCUUGAUGACAGUAAUGUAGUAUUAAAAAAAUACAAGAAUAUGGUUAUCAAUAGUUGUGGUUGCCAUUAG